AUGGAGAAAAUCGACGCGCUUCUGAGGGGAGCUGUCGCUGAGAGAGACGACACUGCUUGCAAGGACAAGCUGCUCGGAGCUGCGUUUGUGGUGACGAAUCGCGACGGCGUCAUCUAUUCUGGCUCCGCUGGCCGCAUUGACUUCGCCGCAGACUCGCCGGAUUUCAAUGGCGAUACCCUCACCUACGGGGCUUCCUUGACCAAGCUCCUCGCCGCGACCUGUCUCAUGCAGCUGGUUGAGCAGGGCAAGAUGCAGCUGGACUCUGAUGUGCGGCAGAUUGUCCCCGAGGUUCGCGACAUGCAGAUCCUGAGGGGGUUUACGUCCGAGGGCAAGCCUAUACUGGAGGACAAUGAGAGGCCCAUUACGCUCAAACAUCUGAUGCUUCACACUGCCGGUCUCCGAUAUGACGUCGCGGACCCCAACCUGCGAAGGUGGUCCGAGUACAUCGGCAGGCCCCUGGGCAAAACGAUCCGCCUCAGCAAGGACGGCUACAACACGCCGCUGUUGAUGCGCCCCGGCGACGGCUGGAUGUACGGCCCGGCCAUGGACUGGGCCGGCGUGGCCCUGGAGACGGUGACGGGCCAGCGGCUGGGCGAGUACAUGAAGCAGCACCUGCUCGACCCGCUGGGCAUGAGGGACACGGGCUUCCGCGUCAACGGGCUGCCUCACACGGCGGGCCGGCGCGCCCAGGUGACGCUGCGCGACGACGAUGCCGGUUCCCUGUCGGCGUUUGACGUCGCGCCCGUCGAGCCGGAGCUGGACAGCGCCGGGGCGGGCAUCCACACGACGGCGCACGACUACGCGCGGAUGCUGCGGGCGAUGCUGCAGCUGCAGCUGCAAAACCCCCCGAGUCUUCCACUCUCGGGCAGGACGGCGCGAGAAAUGUUUGCGCCGCAGCUGGACGAGCGGCAGAGGGCCGUGCUGCAGGAGUUCCUGUACGACGCGCCGGACAGGCGGCGGGCGUUUAUACCGGAGUUUCCGGAUGGCGUCGCGCUGCAGUACGGGUUUGGCGGGCUGUUGGCGUUGGGGGAAUUGGAGGGGCAGAGGAGGGCGGGGAGUCUUUCGUGGACGGGGGCGGGGAAUUCGCGAUGGACGGGCAUUGCCGGGGUGCUGAUGACGGCGGUGUUUCCGCUUGGAGAUGCGGUGGCGUGUCGGCUGUAUACGGAGCUGGAGAGGGCGGUUUAUGCUGAGCUGGUCAAGUGAAU